UUUUUUUAUAAAACACCAUUUUAAAAUCAUAAUAAUUUAAGCAUGGAUCAAGAGGAGUAUUUUCAUGCUGACUUACCUCCAGAUUUAUUUGAGCCUAAGGCAGCCCCUAUGAGGACACUCAAUCUGAACGGUCAUGUUGGUUUUGACAGCCUCCCAGACCAAUUGGUCAACAAGUCAAUUAGUGGAGGUUUCUGUUUUAAUAUCCUAUGUCUUGGAGAGACAGGUAUUGGAAAGUCCACCAUGAUGGAUACUCUCUUUAAUACUCACUUCGACUCUACACCUAGUACACAUGAUUUACCUGGUGUAAAACUGAAGGCCAGCACAUACGAUAAGAAUCCAAGUACAAAUCAAACAGAUGAAAAUAAAAUCAAAUCACAUGCAUGUGAAUUACAAGAAAGCAAUGUGAGACUGAAGUUGACCAUCUGUGACAGUGUUGGUUUUGGGGACCAAAUAAACAAAGAAGACAGCUGGAAGCCAUUAGUUGAUUACAUAGACAGCCAGUUUGAAGUAUAUCUACAGGAGGAGCUUAAGAUCAAAAGAUCUCUUCAUAACUUCCAUGACACUCGUAUCCAUGCCUGUCUCUACUUUAUUGCACCAACAGGUCACUCACUGAAAGCAUUGGAUCUUGUAACAAUGAAGAAAUUAGACAGUAAAGUGAACAUUAUCCCAGUGAUAGCUAAGGCUGAUACCAUCACUAAAGCUGAACUACAGAAGUUUAAAGCUAAGAUCAUGACAGAACUGAUGUCUAAUGGAGUACAGAUAUACCAGUUCCCUACUGAUGAUGAAACUGUAGCUGAUACUAACAAAGUUAUGAAUUCUCAUUUACCCUUUGCUGUAGUAGGCAGUAGUGAUGAAAUAAAACUUGGAAACAAGAUGGUUAAAGCUAGACAGUAUCCAUGGGGAACAGUACAAGUUGAAAAUGAAAAUCAUUGUGAUUUUGUCAAACUGAGAGAAAUGUUGAUCAGAACAAAUAUGGAGGACCUAAGAGAGAGCACCCAUAAAACUCAUUAUGAACUGUACAGAAGGAACAAACUACAGGAUAUGGGUUUCUCAGAAUCAGAAUCUCAAAGUCUGUCUGAAACAUAUGAACUGAAAAGACAACAACACUUAACUGAACUGAGCAGGAAAGAAGAAGAGAUGAGACAAGCUUUCGUUAUCAGAGUGAAAGAAAAGGAAGCUCACCUAAAAGACACAGAAAAGGAGCUGCACGACAGGUUUGAUGCAUUGAAGAAGAAACAUGCAGAAGAAAAGAAGAAAUUAGAGGACAGUAGGAAGAGAUUAGAGGAUGAAGUAAAUGCUUUCAAUGACAGAAAGGUGGCCUACCAACAGCACUCAUCUACCCUGGGCAAGAAAGGAAAACGAUAAACAUUAAAUUACAAUACAAAUUAUAGUACUGCCAAAAUUGACAAGUUACUGAUAUUAUUGGUACAGAUACAAAAGACUUCAAUAAGUUGUAGUUUAAAGUCUCUUAAGUUAUUAUGAAGUUGGCAUAGAUGGCAAUAUUCUGAAUUGAAGUAAACUUUAAACAGGGUUUUUGUUUAAGGAGGGAUUUCUUCUUCUUCUUCUAUUUUUAGAGUUAGAAAAAAGAAAUGUAUUACAGGGCAAGAAUUGUUAACAUUUUUUUGCUUUCACUUAGAAAUUUGAAUUUAGAAAAGAAUCUUUGAUGGAUUGAGCAUUUCCCAGAUUUAGGCUGCUUAAUGAAGUUUUACUUGUGCAAUUAAGGAAACCAAAUCACGGUACUAAAGUCUUGCCAUUAGAUCAAUUACAAAGCAAUCAUGAUUGUAUUGUUUCAUUAGAACAUUAAAAUGUUAUCCACCACAUAGUAUUUCAGCAUUGAUAUUGUACUUAUAUUUUAAAUGUUAGUUAGAUAUAAGUAGUCUUCAUGUAU